UUGUCAUUGAAAUGGGCCUGACACUUUAUUUUGAAACGCGGGAGGGCAUUUCCUCUGUAUUUCUGAGUAUUAUACUAUAUUUAACUAUAAGGAUGUAGCAUCUUCCCUUCAUAAUGCUACAGAACUAAAGCCUACAUGAUGUUGGAAAAACACAGGCAUCUAUUGAUAAAAUUUCGCCAAGACAUAUCAAGAGAUUUGCUGGUGGACGACGUCCUACCCUAUCUGCAGAGCAAGUUGGUUUUAGAUUCGUACGACAAGGAAUGUAUAUAUGUCGAGAAAACCUCUAAAAAGAAAGCCCAGAGGCUCUUGGAUAUUCUGCCAACUAAGGGCUUUGAUGCUUUUGAGCACUUUUUUACGAUUCUUGGGGGAAAAUACCCGCAAUUGGUUGGACUUUUGAGAAGUGGUGUUAGCGACGAAACCUAUGGCGAUGCAAUCGACUCUGUGGAUUCCCCGGACCAGCUACAACAGAUGUCCAUUCUUCAUCGCCGCAUGAUUACAGUCCAACGUGUGGAAAUAGUCACCGAUCUCUUGGUUGAUGAUGUAUUAAAUCAGCUACAGGCCUCAUUUGUGUUUGAUAGCGAUGACAAAGAACAGAUCAAAGCUGAAAACACACCCCGGCGUCAGGCUGAAAAAUUGUUGGACCUGUUAUUGACCAAAAGUGAUGCAACAUUUUAUCAUUUUAAAAAAGCUCUUGAUGAGCCGUAUCCACACUUGGCCGAGCUGCUGGAAGGAGAGGAAGUGAUACCAAGGAAAGAGUCAGAUGUAAGGGAGCUCCAGGAAAGAGUUGAGAAUGUUUUGCUCGAGGGAGGUGUUCCCCAACGACCAGAUAUAUUCACCAACAGGGCAAGAGAUGUCCACAAAGUCAGGGCAGCCCUGCGAUCUCUAAAAGAACAUGACGGCUGGGUAAUACUUCACGGCAUGGCAGGAUGUGGCAAGACUGUCCUUGCUGCUGAGGCGCUGCGAAGCCCAGGCCUUCUUGAUCAGCUAUUUCCAGGUGGAGUCUUCUGGAUUAGAAUUGGUUCCGUCAGUCAAGCAAAGCUUUUGAUGCAAAUGCAAAAUCUGUGCGUCCGUCUUGAUCAUGAUCAUUCCCGUGCCCCACCUCGGAAUCUCGAAGAAGCCAAGGAUAGACUGAGAAUGCUGUUUGCUCAUCAAUACCCUAGAAGCUUGUUAGUUCUUGAUGACUUGUGGAAUGCAGCAGAUGUUAAGUAUUUCGAUAUUAGAUGCCGUACUCUUGUCACUACCAGAGAUGCAUCAAUAACUGAUUCCGUUGGUGGAUCCAAAGUAAAGGUUAGGGUGAGCGAAGGGUUCUCAGACAAGGAAGCGCUUCAGAUCCUAUCCUUGUGGACAAGAACAUUUGAUUUACCUCCUGAAGCUAUCAAACUUGUUAAUUUGUGCAAUGGAUCUCCUUUAGCAAUUUCCAUGAUAGGAGCCAUGUUAAAAGAGCAUCCAAAUAGAUGGAAAUAUUACCUCAAUCAGUUUCAAAAAAAGAAAGUAAGCAAGUUGAAGACUAAGUUUGCGUAUGAGUAUCCAAGCCUCAGUGAGGCAAUUUUGAUGGGGAUCAAUAACCUAUCAGAGGAAAUGCGCACUUAUUACAUUGACUUUGCUCUGUUUGACGACGGCUCCAAGGUUCCUGCUCAAGUACUGUGCAUUCUCUGGGAUGAGGAGCUUGAGAUUGUGGAAGACCUCAUGGAUGAGCUGGUCAAUAAAUCUCUGGCCAGGAAAUGCGUACAGUCCCAAGAUGCUCUUGGAAUCUCUUACAGCAUCCAUAACCUGCAGCUAGCAUUCUUGCAGGAGCUUUCUACUGAUAAGGUUGCACUGCAUGCCAAGAUCAUAGACAGAUACCGAGAUGUUUAUGGAGGUAAGUUUGAUGUGAUGGAAGAUGACCAUUAUAUCCACUGGAACUUGAUUCGCCACAUGCUUAAGGCAAACAUGGUGGAAGACACUUAUACCCUUAUCACAUCCCUGUCUUGGGUCGUCUCUAAAUUAAAGGUUACAGGACCUUCAGAUGUAAUCAGUGAUUAUAUCAGUGUGAGGGACAGCAUCAAAGCAGAGCAGGAACUUGAAGUCCUUGACAACUUCCACCACUUUGUCAGCACCAAUGCGCAUCUUUUUGUUGCUAAGAUGAUGCCAGAUAUUGUGCAACUGGCCCUUCAGCAGCCUUCGUUGUCACAAGUGCACACACAGGCAAAGGCACAGGCAUCUAUUUUAACAAAGCAAGGCAAGAUGUAUAUUGAAUGGUGCAAUCAGCGUGCCGAUACUCUUGACUCACGGUUGCUGAUUACUGCAAAAGUUCACUGUGGUGCAGUUUACUGCUGUAAAUUCUCCAGCGAUUCAUCCAAAGUCGUGUCUUGUGGUACCGAUAACCAUGUCAAGGUCUGGGACAGCCAGUCAGGCCGACAGAUGUUAUCCAUCAGUGGCCAUGGUGAUGUAGUCAAUUGUUGUGCCUUUUCCCAUGAUGAUUCACGUAUCAUCUCCUGCUCUGCAGACCAGACUGUUAAGAUAUGGGAUGCUAGCAGCGGUGAAGGAGUUCUGUGCUUCGUUGGUCAUACCCAGGAAGUGUUCAGCUGUUCCUUCUCACCGGAUGAUACCAAAGCAGUGUCAUGUUCUGCAGAUAGGACCGUGAAGGUGUGGGACAGCAAGACUGGAGUGUGCUAUCAUGUGUACAUGGCCCACACGGACAUCGUCAGGUGGUGUUGCUUCUCUCCAGAUGGUGGCAAAGUCGCUUCCUGCUCUGAUGAUAACACUGUUAGGAUUUGGGAUGCAAGCUCUGGUGAAGAUCUCUGCCUUCUUGAUGAUCACACAAGCUCCGUUUCGUUUUGUUGCUUCAUGAAUCAAGGAGAGAGUGUCGUCACAGUGUGUAGUAAUUGUAUCAAGGUGUGGAGUUGUAGCAGUGGCGAGCAGACGUGGGUGUACAAUUCUUCCUCUACUUGCCUGUCACUGGCCUUCUCUCCCGAUGAUAGCAUUGUAGCUAUGGGCUUCUCCGACACCACCGUUCAGGUAAAAUUAUGGAACUCUAAGACCUUUGCCAGAUUGGGUGUAUACAAGGGCCAUAAAGGCUGGGCUCAUAGUGUCGGCAUCUCCAAGGACUCUUCCAAACUUGUAUCGGGAUCAGAGGACGAGACGGUCAAGAUCUGGACUAUCGAUCGAGAUGCAGCCAAAGACGCCGCAAAGCUAAGACGAGUGUUCGAUGCGCACUUCGGCGAGGACUCUUUGGGUGUUGCUGUUGCGGACUCCUCGGACCGGCUUCUGAUUUUCCAAGGUCAGGAUGGAGUCCUUACUGCAGAAGGAGAGGCAAUGGACAGCAAAAUCCAUAGUGUUACCUUUUCGCCACGUGGAGAAGCCAUUGCUGUCGGCUGUGAGAGUGGAACAAUAAGUAUCCAAGACCGCUCUUGCAAAGUGCUGCAAUCAUUUUCAGAGCACAAGGGUGCGGUGAGAAGAUGCUAUUUUAGUCAAGAUGGGCAACUACUCCUUUCUGCUUCGGAUGAUAAAACAGCAAAGGUCUUCAACCUUCAGGAAGCUCAAGUAAUGUACACCCUCGCUGGCCAUACAAACAAACUCAGGCGUUGUAUGUUCUUCAACAAUGACACGCGCAUCCUGACGGCCUCCCUGGACGGCUCUCUGAAAGUCUGGGACGCCAAAACAGGCAACUUGGAAUUCACCUGUUGCCAUAGCAGCACCGAUUAUGUUUUGACAUGUGAUGUGUCACAUGACUCACAGAGGUUGAUUUCAGCAUCUGCAGAUUGUUUUGCCAAGGUGUGGGAUGCCAGCACAGGGGAGCUUUUACUCUCACUUGGACGGCAUCCUGAUGUUGUGCGGUCUAUAUCAUUUUCUCCUGAUAACAUGAUCUGCACUGGCUGUGAUGAUGGGAUUGUUAGGAUCUGGGAUUCAGUGUCUGGGAAGGAAGUAACAUCAUGUAAGAAAAACGAAACAUGGAUUGCUGAUUGUCACUUCACUAGAGAUGGCAGGAAUAUAGUUUCUGUCAGUGAUAACAUUCAGUGGUGGAGUAAAUCUGGGCAACUUAUUCAAGAAUUCUUUAUCAAGGGGGGAUUUGCUAAGGAUGUGAAGUGCUCCUCAGACUUCAAGACAUUUGUAACAGUUGAUGAUACAUCAACCUUGUACAUUUUGAACCAAAUUUAACACAGCAUGUAUGCCUGAAUAGAUUGGAUAGACUGAAUAGAUUGGAUACCCACAGUGGAUAUAAUCCACUGUUGCCAACCCGUCCAAUGGAAUUGUUGGCUUGAUUUGGCGUCUUGUUGUACUGUUAAUACUGACAAGUGAUACCAUGAGCAGAAAGAAUAGGUGCUAAUUCGAAUCAUUACAAUACAUGCAAUGAAUAGCUUGUCCCCUUUUGAAAUAAAUCUCACCUAAAUUGGAAUGAACAUCCCAUAUACAAAUGCAGUAAAUGUUGUUCAGUUAUACUGGUCACGCUACAAUCAAGUUCUGUUUAGACUAAUGAAAUGCUUUCAUGUUUUAGGAAAAGAAACUUUUAGAAACAAAAAUAUUCAAUUUUUUCCCAACUAUUUCAAAUGAUAUAUUUGUAGAGAAGAUACUAGGAAUAUAUACCAUUAGAUCAUUAAAAAUGCUUUAUUUGUUCAA